AUGAAGACUGAACAUGGUGAUUUUGAUUUAGCUGAUCUAGUAAUUGACCUUCAUCAUAGGCUGAAAAAUGAAAAAUUGGAGGGUGACAAAAUGGAUUUUGUAUAUAUUGACGAAGUGCAAGACCUUACGAUAAAACAAAUUGCGCUUUUCAAAUAUAUCUGCAGAAAUAUUGAUGAGGGCUUUGUUUUUUCUGGUGAUACAGCACAGACGAUUGCACAAGGGAUUGAUUUUAGGUUCGAGGAUAUACGGUCUCUGUUCUAUAAUGAUUUUAUAUUGCAAUCAGUAAGUGAUGAAUCUACUGGAAGAAAAGAAAAAGGACUGAUAUCAGAAAUUUUUAAUCUGAGGCAGAACUUCCGAACCCAUGCUGGUGUGCUUAAAUUAGCACAGAGUGUUAUUGAUCUUCUUUGCCAUUUUUUUCGAAAUUCUAUUGAUAUUUUGAAACCCGAGACUAGUCUUAUAUAUGGUGAAGCUCCAGUUUUACUUGAACCUGGCAAUGAAGAAAAUGCAAUUGUAACUAUUUUUGGAAACAGUGGAAAUGUUGAUGGGAAGAUUGUUGGCUUUGGUGCUGAGCAGGUCAUAUUAGUACGCGAUGACUCUGCCAGGAUGGAAAUAUCUGAUUAUAUUGGAAAGCAAGCUCUUGUUUUGACUAUAAUGGAGUGCAAGGGCCUCGAGUUUCAGGAUGUAUUGCUGUACAACUUUUUUGGCUCAUCACCUUUGAGAAAUCAGUGGAGAGUUGUCUAUGAAUUCAUGAAGAAACAAGAUUUGCUUGAUUCUACUAUUUCUAAGUCACCAAGUUUCAGUCAUGCAAAACACAAUAUAUUGUGUUCUGAACUAAAGCAACUAUAUGUUGCUAUCACUCGAACAAGGCAAAGGCUGUGGAUUUGUGAGAACAUAGAGGAGCUUUCCAAGCCUAUGUUUGACUAUUGGAAGAGAAAGUGUCUUGUCCAAGUGAGGAAGCUAGAUGAUUCACUUGCACAAGCAAUGCAAGUUGCAAGCAGUCCAGAGGAGUGGAAGGCCCGGGGACUCAAGCUCUAUUGGGAGACUAAUUAUGAGAUGGCAACAAUGUGCUUUGAAAGAGCAGGAGACACAAUAUCGGAAAAAAGGGCCAAGGCUGCUGGUCUUAAGGCAGCUGCUGACCGUCUGCGUGUUUCCAAUCCUGAGAUGUCUUGCACUGUCCUUAGGGAGGCUGCUGAAAUAUUUGAUUCUAUUGGCAGGGCUGAGUCUGCUGCUGAAUGUUUUUGUGACUUGGGAGAGUAUGAAAGAGCAGCAGGAAAUAUUUAUAUGGAGAAAUGUGGGGUAUCUGAGCUGAAGAAAGCUGGUGAAUGUUUUUCUCUGGCAGGAUUUUAUGAGCGUGCAGCUCACGUUUAUGCGAAGGGCAAUUAUUUACAAGAGUGCUUGUCGGUUUGCACCCAAGGGAAAUUUUUUGAUUUGGGUUUGCAAUUCAUUGAAUACUGGAAACAGCUUUCAACCAUGGAUGAUUGUAUGGCCGCAAGAAGUAAAGAUGUAGACAAGAUUGAAAAAGAGUUUCUAGAGAGGUGUGCACUUCACUAUUAUGAACUUAAAGAUAACAGAUCCAUGAUGAAAUUUGUUAGAGCUUUCCACUCAAUGGAUUUGAGACGCAACUUCUUGAAGUCUUUAGAAUGCCUUGAUGAGCUAUUAUUGCUGGAAGAAGAAUCAGGAAACUUUGUGGAGGCUGCAGAGAUCGCUGAACUGAGAGGAGAUCUUCUUCUUGAGGCUGAUCUUCUAGGAAAGGCAAGACAUUUCAAGGAGGCUUCUUUGCUCAUCCUUUGGUAUGUGUUUUCCAAGUCUCUAUGGGCACCUAAUAGCAGAGGUUGGCCAUUGAAGCUGUUCACACAAAAGGAGGAGCUUUUAUCAAAAGCCAAGUUAUUUGCAAAGAAGGAAUCAGAUUGCCUCUACGAGUUUGUCUGCACUGAGGUUGAAGUUUUGUCACAUGAAAAGGCUAACUUGUUCAGGCUGAAGCAGAAUUUCAAUGCUUCCCAAUGCCAUAAAAGUCUCAGAGGCGAAAUAUUAACCGUUUGGAAAAUUCUGGACGCUCAUGUUCAUUUGAACACCUCCAAGUAUGACUGGGAAGACGAAGUGCCAGUGGAUCUUAGAAAGCACUCCAAGGAAAUGAUUUCACAGAAUCGGGUCUCUCUUCAAACACUAGUAUAUUUUUGGAAUCUAUGGAAAGAAAACAUAGUGAAUAUUUUUUAUUGUCUUGCGGGUAUUGAAACUGCAACCUUUGAUGACUAUAUGGCUUAUGAAGCAUUCUGUUCGAACUAUUUUGGCGUGCGGAGGCAAUUAAAAAGUCAGAACAUCAUUUACAUCGUGCUGAACCCUGAUGCCAAUUGGCUGAGACAAAUUGAUGAUAGAUCCUCUCGGAGGAUUGGGAAGUUGGUAUAUGCUGAUGCCCGCCAUUUUGUCUCUGCUGCUAGGAAUCAUUGGCGUUCAGAAUUACUUUCUGUUGGUAUGAAGAUGUUGCAAACUCUUGACGCCCUCCACAAGUUCUCAACCAGGAAUUCCUUGUCUGUGUUUUGCCAAAGCAUGUCUCUCCUUCAUAUCUUUGAGGUUGCAAAAUUUCUUAAGGAGUCAAAGUUUCUUGAUUGCAAGUAUCAUGAUACUAGAGCAUUGGAGAGUUUUAUUCAACUAUCUACCAAAUACUUUGUAGGCAUUUUUCCUUUAGACAGUCGGAAAUCAUUGGCAGGGAAUAUGAUUUAUCUGAGAAGAACUGAGCUGUCUCGGUCUUUACUUGAAGAAGUUGUUCAUGGAAACAUCAACGGUAAACUGACCUAUGGGCAAAUUGGGAGGGUGGUUAUGAUGUGGCUUGGGUCUGGAAAACCCACAGAGGAGCUGUACAAGAAGAUUGAGGAAAGGUUCAAAGACAAUUCAUCUUGGAAAACAUUGGUUCAGAACCUCAGUGGGAACAUAAUGCCAGAAUCUUCGGAGGAGUCACCAUCGAGCAUUUCUGAUGAAGCUCCAAGAGCGAUCUCUUUGAUUUGCAAGUUCCAUAAAGCUUUAGAAAAUGCUUACAAUGCCAAUUGGAGAAAAGAAAAUGACUAUAUAUCACCAAGUUGCUUCUUGUAUCUUGUUGACCGCCUAUUGAUCCUAGCAUUUAACCUCCAGGGAUUCUUUCUCACAACAAAAUCUUCAACUGUUGAAUGGCUUAUUUAUCAGCAAUGGAUGGCGAACCCAGCUGGCAGUUCGGCAACUGACUUUCAGUCAUCUCUGGGAUCUAUGUAUGACUUUGUGGUCUCCAUAAUUCAGCAUUUUCUUUAUAAUAGACAGGAUACAGAGGAAUGGAUUAAAAAAUCUAAAAUCAAUUUCAAGUACUAUUAUCCACUGCUGGUGACAAGACUGGUUAGUAUUUUGUGUCUAGUUUGUGUGAACUCUGGAAGAUAUUUUGAUAUACUUCCUCAGCUACUUGGAAGGGGUAACAUUACUUCACAGCUACCAAAGGAACUCUGUGGCGUUCUUCAGCGAAUGAGGAAGGGCAAUGGUGUUAAUGUAAAUGCAAAUGUGCUUGCAGAAGCAUUCAAAAGGAUUGGAGAUCCUCUCGUGAUUGUGAGUUUGAGAAUAAAUUGUGCAAACUUCUUCUGUCCUGAUGCCAUUUUGGUGGACAUGGGGGUAACCCAAUGCCGGGAGGACAUUAUAAGAGUCUUGUUUCCUAGAAACACCAAAGCUCCCCAAGGCCAAAUGGCUUCUGCUGAAGUAGAUAUGACUAAUUCUUGCAAGAAAGGAAUUUCUUUGAACGGCAAGGAUGGAUCAAAUGUACUUACUGUGACAUCUUCUAACUUUGCUCCCAUGGAAGAUCAGAACUUGAACACAAAUGAUCAAGACUUGAAAAUUAACUGGGGCAUAUUUCAGGAAAUAUCUGAUGCUGUAGAGUUGGUUGAAAGUAGAAAAGAUGGGAAUUUGAUGAAAUUUGUGUCCAAUGCUUCCAAGAUGAAGGAGCAAGUGAAGAGAAUUCGUUUCUUCUGGCUUGAAGUAACAAUGAGCGCUAGGCGGGUCUCUGACAAGAAACCUUGUGCCAGUGAAGACGGAAAUUUGUCUGCUGAAGCAAACAACGUGCUUGAGGAAUUGGAGCAACUUUCAUCUGCAUUAGAUGUGAGUGACCCGGAACAUGAGAAAAACCUUUCAAGCAUUGGAGAACUUUCGAGGAGGUUGCAGUCAAGGUUGCCUUGGAUAGAGACUGCUUUCUCGAUCCCAUUAGUCUCUCAUAAAGAUACAAAUGUGAGCACUGUCUCGGAUCCUCAAUACCAUAGGGAAGCGGACAAUAGCAAGUCUGAGGAAAUCGGCAAGUCUGAGGAAGGCAACACAAAGGAUUUGCAAGCUACUGCUGCUUCUGAAGGCCAAACCAAUGCCCACAAUGAAGCUGUUGGAAGCAGCAAGGGUAAAAGAAAUAAAAAGUCCAGGAAGGGCAAAAAAGGGAAAGGAGGUCGGAAGAGAUAAUAUGACAUAGAUUGCCUAGGUUUUUUUAUAAUGUUUAGUAACUCUCUUUUUUGUGUAUUUGUAUAUCUUACAGUCUAUAUAGGUUUUAGGUAUAAUAUCUUGUAUAAGGGUAAUUCUAUGGGAAAAACAAAUUUAGUACCGAAAGCUUUUAUUUUUUGAAGUCAAGUCACACCUUUUAAAGUAAGGUAGAAUUGUUCGAGGUAAGUCACGAUCAAU